GAGCUCUUGACUGCGUUUUCAGUCUGAUUAAGUAAAAUGGUGUCAGAAGAUGAAGUCCAUAGUUUUCUUCUUUCUCUAAAAUUACCAUCAGUGUUAUUUUCUGUAUGGCAGCAACUCAUCAUAUGAACAGUUUUGUUUGUUAUGUUUUCUUCUUUCAGAAAAUAAAGGGGUAUAUAUAACAUAAAGCCAGAUAUCAAAAUACUCCUUCUUGAGUAUCUACAAGUUUGGCUGUUUUUAAAAUUACCCAUAGUGUGGCUUCUUUUACCUGUUAAAGGUGUAGUAAUGUUUUUUUUCUGGGUUGGUUUUUUUUUCCCUUAGGUGUAUCAUCUUGUUUUCAUUGUUAUUGUUCACCUUUUCUUAAAGGAACAUAGCGUUUGCUGCUGGGGUAGCCUUGCUGUUCAUAUGUACCAAAAAUCAUGCAAAGGAUCAGAGGCUGAUAUUUAGCAUGAUAUUUAGUAACAAUAUGUGCAACAUUGCAAAAAUUACUUGGGUGUGCUUAAUGCUCUCGAAUUACACCUCAUACAAGCUGCCAGCACAGGUUUUCCCUUCUCAAGAAAGGAAGAAAAACGUGCGACUAUAGUAGGAAUAUUUAUUAUGCAGGCAGAGUUUAUUAAAUCAGCCAUAAAAGAAAUGAACGCAACAUCUUUAACAGUUUAGAAGAUGAAUGUGUAAUUCCUGAUUUGCUUGAGGUUAAAAUUAGUUUUGUAGCAACCAGGAGCAGCUUUGCUUUAUUAUCUGUUGGUCUUUGGAAUGAGAGGCAGAACCAUUUGAAUAAAAACAUUUUAAAGCAGAAUUGAUAAAAGCAAUUAUUCUCUGACUGAGCCAGCAGGCAUCUAUUGCCAGGAGGAAAAAAAGAAAAAGUUGGCUACACAGAGAAAUCAGCUGUUUGCUGUGAAUUUAAAUCGUUGACCAUUUGAUAACACCUAAACCCACAGUAAUCAAAUCAAAAUACCUAUAAAACUCAAGGUGAAGGUGGAAGCAGGUUAUAGUGUGGUGAGGAUGAGCUGGUGGGCGCCUUUGAUCCUGGCUGUUGUUCUUUGGUGAAUUAUGUUAGCUCAGUGGCAUAAAGGACCCCAUUAAAGGCUUUCAUGCUCUGCUGAAGUAAUGGCAGGUCUGAGCCAAUGCAAGCCUGCCUGUUCCUCUCUCCCUUCACAGGUCUCUGAUUGGGCAGUGGAAGUUUAGAAAUUAAAUAACUUUUUUUUUUUAGUAAUUUCUGACUUUCAGCCUGUAGUGUGGCCAUUCCAAAAUGCUUGGAGACUUAUCCCAUUGGGAGUUUUGGUAAUGAAGGUGUUACGUGCUCAAGUGAGAGCUGGGAUGGCUUUCAUUUAUACUGAGUAGAGGCAAGUGAGGAAGUUAAGAGGCAAGGAAGAGCCCAAACCCAGAUAUUCAUUUAGUAUUGCCCAAGAUUUUUACCAAUACAUCGCCAUUCAUGGUUCUGUAGGUCUUGUCCACUAUCUUCCACUCACCUAGUUUCUCUGCAUGUUCCAAGAAAAAUUACUGUAACUUCUCCAAUGCAAACUUUGUGACCUCUCUGGUCAUGCAGUUGGCUACCCAGGCAUCUGCAGAAUUCAUUUUUCUCAGUGGCAGUUGCUCUUCAUUUCUCUGCAGAUGUCUCUGUUGGCUUUAUCUGAGCCUCCUGAAACAGUAAAUGAUUUUAGGCGUGUUUCACAAGUAUUUUAGGAUGAGUGUUCUACAAAACCACUCAUCGACCAUUUAAGUGAGAAUCUGGAGGUUUUUCUCUUCUCUAAUAGCAAAUUUGCACACUCUGAUGCUGAUUUAAAAUAUGUACUGUGGGCGACCCUAACGCUGGGAUUUGCCCAAGUUCAAAGCAGCUGUGCAGAUGGACACAGAAGGCAGAGGGAAAUAGACCCUUUUAAUCAUAACAAGGCUGCUCUUAUUUUCCUAUCUUUAGUGGAAAUGCAUGCCAGACCCUUGUACUUAAAAGCAAGCUGCAAAUGUGCCAGAAUAGACAGCAACGGCAUUUGUUAUUAAUGCAAAGUUGAAAAUGUGACAGCCCAUCUUCUCAGUAGUGCUCUUUAUGUCUCCAUAUCUAGACUGUACUGCUGCAAAAAGUGCACAUCCGAUCACUGUUGGUGGGGUGAGAAUCCCCCCUCCCCAGAACUCAGGCUCUUUGAAAGUGCAUGGCUCUGUUAAUGAUCGCUGAAACCAGCCACAACCUGUCCUUUUGAAAUGGUUAUAAUGACUUAUAAAUCAAUUUCUCGUUAGAACUUCUUUUUUUUUUUUUUCCUUUUUCCCGAAGGUGCCAUUGUUGCCCAUGAAAAAUGAUUGGGUUUGCAACAUAAGGUUGGAGCACAUUUUAUUCUGCCAUUUGUGCCUCAUGCAGGGGCAUUAUGGUGAUGAACACCAAGCCCAGUUCUGCCUCUCUGCAGUAGAAACAUCCUUAUUUCAUAAAGCUACCCACAUCCAAAUUACAGAUAAAAUAGGAUUUCCUCUGAUGCAUUUUUCCGUGCCUCGAGUCUCUCUGAAACCAACAAGACUGGGGUUAUGAAGUCAGUCCUAGAUGGCCUCGCAGAUACAACUUUCCGAACAAUCACAACAGAUCUCCUUUACGUGGGCUCCAACGAUAUCCAGUACGAAGACAUGAAAGGCGACAUGGCAUCCAAGCUGGGAUACUACCCCCAGAAGUUCCCUCUCUCUUCCUUCAGGGGUGAUCCUUUCCAAGAAAAAAUGACUGCGGGAGAUGAUCCCCUGUUGAGCAUUAUUCCCUCAGAUCAGGUUAACAUCACAGAGUUUUACAACAAGUCCCUGUCCACGUUUAAGGAUAAUGAGGAGAACAUACAGUGUGGGGAGAACUUUAUGGAUAUGGAGUGCUUUAUGAUCCUGAACCCCAGCCAGCAGCUGGCCAUCGCUGUGCUGUCACUCACCCUGGGCACCUUCACGGUCCUAGAGAACCUCCUUGUCCUAUGCGUCAUCCUCCACUCUCGAAGCCUCCGGUGUAGACCCUCCUACCAUUUCAUCGGCAGCCUGGCUGUGGCCGAUCUCCUGGGCAGCGUGAUUUUUGUCUACAGUUUUGUGGAUUUCCAUGUUUUCCACCGGAAGGACAGCCCCAACGUCUUCUUGUUCAAACUGGGUGGAGUUACAGCCUCCUUCACCGCGUCCGUAGGUAGUCUUUUCCUCACGGCAAUAGACCGGUACAUAUCUAUACACAGGCCACUAGCUUACAAAAGGAUUGUUACCCGACCAAAGGCUGUUGUAGCGUUUUGUGUGAUGUGGACCAUCGCUAUUGUAAUAGCCGUUCUUCCUCUGCUUGGCUGGAACUGCAAAAAGCUCAAUUCUGUUUGUUCAGACAUAUUCCCUCUCAUCGACGAGACGUACCUGAUGUUCUGGAUCGGGGUCACCAGCGUCCUCUUGCUGUUCAUUGUCUAUGCCUACAUGUACAUACUGUGGAAGGCGCACAGCCACGCUGUUCGCAUGAUUCAGCGGGGCACGCAGAAAAGCAUCAUCAUCCAGUCUACGGAGGAUGGUAAGGUACAGAUCACUAGGCCUGAUCAAACUCGUAUGGACAUCAGGUUAGCCAAAACCUUGGUCCUUAUCCUAGUCGUUUUAAUCAUAUGCUGGGGCCCUCUGCUCGCCAUCAUGGUGUACGAUGUCUUUGGCAAAAUGAACAAGCUCAUCAAAACUGUCUUUGCCUUCUGUAGCAUGCUCUGUUUGCUGAAUUCCACAGUGAAUCCCAUCAUCUACGCUCUGAGGAGCAAGGACUUGCGACACGCCUUCCGCAGCAUGUUCCCCACCUGCGAAGGAACCGCGCAGCCCCUCGACAACAGCAUGGAGUCUGACUGCCAGCACAAACACGCCAACAACGCAGGGAACGUGCAUAGGGCUGCCGAGAGCUGCAUUAAGAGCACAGUUAAGAUUGCCAAAGUUACCAUGUCUGUCUCCACAGACACGACUGCUGAAGCAUUGUAAGUCAGAGACUUCUCAGCCUUGUGAGAAAAGGAGUUAGUUUAAAAAAUAAAGAUUUAAAAAAUCAACAACAGAGAAAACCAAACCUGUGGCUUAAAGUGUUUGUACCCUCCUGUAGUAUUUCUUUGGUUCGUCAUUGUAAGCUGAGCGAUGAUUGUGUUAAGAACAUUACCAUCAGCCAGUUCUUCAGGUUUUGCAAUUAGGGAUUCAAGCUAGAUUUUCAAAAGUGUUUUUCUCAGAAAGUGUUUACUGAAUGAUAGGAUGUUUCCUGAAAGAACACAGACAAAAUACCAGGUUAGACAAAAUACCAGGUUCCUUUGGGGGUGUGAAAUAAAAUGGUGAAGCCUAAUUGAAAACUAAUGCGUCCUAAACCAAUGCCAUCAAGUAAGAGAAAAAGCUGUGUAAUCAUGCUGUUCAUUUCAAUGUGAAGUGUAUUUCAUGUCUAUAAGUAAUAGGAGGUUUUGAUUUUUUCCAAAAGCGGCAGUGUUGAGUUUUAGAGGUUUUGUAAAACGUGUUGUGUCCUGUGAAUUGUGUGCUGUUUUAUUCUGUGUUAUUGAUAUUUGUCUGAUAAACAAAGUGAUAAGGUAGACUUCCGUGGAAAUAAUGUGAAACGUGAUAUGUAAACCCCAUUGAAAACACUUACUGUAUUUGAAGAAUUCCUAUGAGCUAUUUUGGAAAUUUUACACUUUAGUGGUCUUCUGUGGACUUAGAGGAGAGGGUUUGUGUUCUUCUACUAAAUCGUUUCCCCACUACCUUUUACUUUCACACGCAUAUGAGAGUAACAGCAACAAAGGAAUAGAGGAGGAAUGUAAGAAAGGAAUGCACUGGUUCAGACUUUUAAAUACCACUGCAUUUAUACAGAAGGACGUUUAUGGUUGUACAGACUAGUGCCCUGCUCUUGGGCAUUGCAUGAAUAUGAACACUGAGAGGUGGAGGUCCUGGAUAUUGGCUCCCUUAACAUGCAACUGGUUUUUAGCCACGUGCUGGUGCUGGACCACUGAAGACAGCAUGUGUCAGACUCAGUGUGUGAUGUUAUCACUGUGCAGUCGUUGUAUACUUGAAUUGUGUCGCAUUCCUGUAUCCCAGGUUUAAGCAGAUGCAGAGCCUGAGAUGCCAAACUCCCAUCUUCACUAAAAGAGGAGGAAAUACUGUCAGACAUUUUCUUAUUGUGUGAGCGUGUAUAUAAAUAAAUAUCUGUGUGUGUUCGUGUGUGUGUGUGCGUGUGUGUGUAAGUACACUAAUCAGUGUAAGUCAUGGUAGCACAACUAAGAUAGGACACUGACCAAAUGUAAACUGUAUUUCUUGUUGCACGCUUUGCACAUGAAUUCUGUUUCUAAAAUUGAGUUCUUCCAACUGAUUACUGGUGAAAGUACCAUAUUAAGAACAUCCUGAUCCACUCUGAGAGUUGUAUCCAUGUGCUAGAGGAAGCAGUCUUUCAGUUGUAUUUGGGAAUAAGGGGAAACAAGAGGCAGAGCAUGGCAUGAGCCCGCACUAGCAACUGCAGUGGCUGUAGAUGGUGUUUCUGAAAACUGAAAAAGCCAGAAAUAAAUAUUAAUCUUUUUUAAGGCUAUCAGAUUGCUCAAAAUGAGGUGAGUCUCACUGUGAAACUAGGAUACAGAUGACAAGGUUUGACACUAUAGCUUUGAGGAAGAAGUUAUUGAAGGAAAAUGAUGACUCUUAAGUAGCAUGAUUGUUUUCUGCAGCCUGGGACUUUCAUGAAGAGCACGUUACCGGAUAGUCUCCGAAUAGCCUUUGAGGCAUGAAUAUUCUGUGGUUCUGUCAUGAAUCAGAAGGCCUGGGGUCCUCCUCUCUGCUGCCUUUUUUUGGCCAUUUCCUUGCCCUUCUUCUGGCUGAUUUCUGCAAAAUAGCUGCAAAGGAGGCUUAGCCUGUUGGCUGCCUGUUGCUUGCUGCAAGAGGGUGGCUCCCACUAUGGCACCGGGUAAGAAGAGCCAAAUCCAUGCUGCCAUGCCAUCUGUCCUCAGGGUUACAUAGGGAGAGAGAGGGGGAUGGCACCCCUGGGUCUCUGGCCUCAGUGGUGUCCCCACGGCAUUUCUGAUACUUCAGAGCAGAGCAGCAGGUAGCACGGGCAGCCCAGCUAAUGUCAGCCAGUGCCUCUGUGGAGAUGUUAAAGUGCCUCCAAGUUCAGGCUUAGUGAAGGCUGGCACACUUCAAAGAUCUCAUCAGGCAAGGUGGAAGACACAGAGGUACUUUCCUUCUCUACCCACCUCCCCUGCAGCUUACCCCGGUGGUAGGACAAGGCACCGUGCUCUUGGCAGGCCAUGGCAGUCAGCCAAAACUGGCAGAUUGCAAAGGAUUCCUAGAGGAUGUGCAAGUCCUCCUCCUGAAAGAUCUUUCUUAUAUCUAGGCCUAGUCCAUCCUAAUGCAGUCCUCUUGGAGGAGGGUGGGGGGAGCCUAUUUGAAAUGUAAAGGUAUUUUAAGAGCCAUUUUUGAAACUGUCUUCUCGUGAAUUAAAUGCAAACUUAGUGGAUUUUCGUUGUGCAUUCAAGUUCUAAAUUUUACAUGAUCAAUCAUGGGACAAUGGGGCUGUCUUGGCACUUAACUUGGUGCUUACUGAUAUAAUAAGAAAUAGCAUCUUGUGAAAUGUUACCAUCUAUCAUCAGUAUCUUCGUUUGCAUAAUGAGUUUUUUUAAAGCUCUGGAACUGCAUCGGUUCACUUGAAACCAUUUAUUAAAGAGGUGGCAACAAUUUCCCUACAUGUUGCAUACUAAGUAGAACAACUCUUAAAUUAGAAAUAUUUGCUGCCAUUCCAAGAUAAGCUGUACUUGAACUUCAGCUUUAGGUAUUCCUAAUUUGCAGUUGCCUACCUUCACUUAGUGAUAGCGCAGCCAAAUGAUUCUGUGUUCCGCAACCACCCACACCGUCAUCAUCAAUCAACCAGCAAUAGUUGCAGUUACCUAUCUGUACCAUCCCCAAGUGUUGCAUAUGUACUGAGAAGACCAUCUAUGUCACAUGUGUGCAGAGUUAGAUUCUUAACAGUGUAAUUGUAUAUUUGUAUAAUAUUAUCUCCUCGAUGCUGUGCAAUCACUAUCCACAUCUUCUUGCACUGGCCUUCCGAUGAAAAUGUUAGUGUGUCUAUUGUGAGAUAGACAGCACAUUUUACCUGCUGUUAUUGGGCUGAAUGUAUGUAAAUAAGCAAAAAAUAAAAAAAGUCAUCUGUACAAGCAGUGGCCUAAAAAGUCUGUAAUGGUAGACUAGGACGGUUGUUGAAGUUGCUGUGACAUCUCAAAUACUACCUUUGGAUAAACUGUUUACAGGGUUUCUUAGGAUGCUGUUCAUAGUGAAAGGAAACUUUUUCCUUGUGAUAAUAUAAAGUAAAGAAAUUGGAUUACCUGAGCUUUUUAUUUCCAGUGUUUCAAAGUGGAGAACAUAACUCUUUAUUGUCUGUAAAUCUAACAUUAUUACUUCCUCUUAGAAGAAUAUUGUAUCAUUAGAUGUUUGUUUGAGCUGGUAACAUCCUUGCGACUGCUGCAAUAUUUUUCAUUAGCAACCUGUAUAAUAGUUUGUACACAAGUACUGUUCAGAUUGUCAUGAAAAGUAGCUUUGACCAUUUACCUACCAGUAGCAGAAUAGUAUUUCUGUAAGAUUUCCACUGUAUUCCUACCAUAUCAUAUUUUAUUUCUAGAAUGUAAUUAAACUGCUAUUUAUUCAAGGAGAAAAAGUAUUCCUCUACUUUUUUUGUUUUCCAAAUUUUGAGAUAACUGAGGAAGCCACGUGAUGCUGCUGCUUCAUCCCACAAUCUGGUGCUCUACGUUUUGUUUAUAAGUUUGUCUGUCAGAUUCUGAAACAACUGCUUAAACAACUUGACAACAGGUUGUCAAGCUUUGUGGGUUUUAAUUGUACGUUGAUAUGCUUGAAGGAGGAGGUAGAUUAUAUAUUUUAUAUUUGUGUAUUCAGUACUAUGGAGACAAGAGAGAAAUUACAUAGUUAAAACCGAAUCUCCUGUUUCAUUAUGUAGGCAAUUUCCCCUUUCCUCUGUAUUAGCCAAAAUGCAAUAAAUCUCUUUUGCCUUCCUCAGA